AUGGAGAUCAGAUUGCUUCUCUUAUUUCUGCUCUCCGUAACUUCUGUUAAAGCUAACUUAAUAAGGAAUUCUUCGCAUUGCACUGCGAAUCUUUGUGAAUUUGGCACAUGCGUGAUUGACUCUUCAUCUCAAAAAGGAUAUCGUUGUGAUUGUGACGAAAAGUUCCAAGGUGAGCACUGCAAUUUUGACGUUAAUGAAUGUGAACAAGCUCAAUGUGUGAAUGGGAACUGCAUCAACUUGUUCCCCAAAAAUGUUAAAGACUGGGGAUACAAGUGUGAUUGUCCUCCAGGUUUCACAGGUCAAAAAUGUGAUUACAUAGAUAGUUGUGGAACACUAAACGAUGAGGCUCAACGUUGUUAUAAUGGCGUUUGUCAAGAUGGAUUCUGUGCUUGCUCAGACGGAUGGGCUGGUCGGCAGUGUAAUCAUGCCGUUCCCUCACGAAAAUAUUUCAGCAGGUGUUCGCUCUCUGGAUCCGUGGUGGAUUUCUGUAUUUCCUCGUAUAGUGAUGGAAAAUGCGAUGUAGAAUGUGCUCGGGAAGAAUGCUUCUAUGAUGGUAUGGAUUGUAUAUACAAAGAGUCGAAGAACGGAGCUAAAAAGGAGAAAUGUUUUGAUUACGAUUUCUGUAACUUAAACUUUGCCAAUGGAGUCUGCGAUCCAGCUUGCAAUACUCCUCAAUGUGGCUUCGACGGAGGAGAUUGUGAGAAAUCUGACAACUUGUUGGAUCCUCAACUCUUGGCAAUCACCAUCAUCACCACAAGUGAGAGUAUUAACAAAACCAUCCGAGACCUCCAGAUUACAAUCGCUAGACUUCUCCUCUCUCCUUUCGUCAGAGUAGCAACAGAUAGUAGAGGCGAAAUGAUUUAUGAAUGGAAGUCAACAGAGAGAUCUGGCUCACUAACGUUAGAUGACAUCGGAAACAGGAUAAACAUAAGAAGUAAUGAUGAUGUUUCUAAUAAUACUAAUAGAUUGGUUGUUUUCUUCGAUAUUGCAUCAAACGAUUGCUCUAUGAGAAAGGAGAAAAUCGAGAACGUUUUAAAUUCUACUUUGAACACAGCAAAUUGUUUCGACAGUGUUAAAACGGCUUCAAGAUAUUUGAAGAAUGAGUUAGUUAGAAAACCAGAAAGUUUGGAAUUAUUGGGAAAAUCUGUUCGGAUCACUGAUGUUCAAGUUUAUCGCGGACAGGCUCCAUCGUGGCGACAUCGUAUCUACUGGUUUGUUUUUGGACUGUUAUGUGCAGCUCUCGUGUAUAUUGCACUGUACACUGUCAUUGUUCACAUCAAGAAGCAGAAGAGAAAAAAGGAGUGCUUUGCUCCUAUUUGGAAAAUUCCUAAACAGUCACCAGUUUUUAAAAAUGAGAAUUUUACAUCCUUUUCCCCUCCCUCUUUGUAUGAAGCUACUCCGAUAAAGAAGGAAUGCUCUCCGUUCCCGUCUACUACUUUCAAAAACGUUGAUGAAACUCAUCUCCUUAUAGAUGAAGAGCCUGUACUUAUUCGUGCUGUUAGGCGAUGUGACAUUGAAGCUGUUUCUAAGAUGAUCACAAGUGUCGACACAAUCAUAGAUUCAGUUGACAGCCAAGGUUUGGGUGUUCUUCAUCAUGCAAUAGGGAACAAUGACUCAAAUAUGCUCAAGUUACUUCUGGAUAGCGGAGAAUUCGAUGUUUUCGAAACUAAUGGACAAGGUCAAAUUCCACUUGUCUAUGCAGCUAAAAUCGGCCAUCCUCAGUUAGACUGUUAUGCGUUACUAAUUCAUGCCAUGGAAAAAAGACGUUUCAAUAGUGAAUCAUCAGGAUGUGACAGUUCUGAUUCAGCUUAUGGAUCGUCCAGAAGAACUCUUCUUCCGCUCUCAGGAGAAUUUGGAGCUGCAUGGUCGUUGUGUGACGACUACGGACGAAAUGCUGUUCAUUAUGCUGCCUUAAAUAACUUGCACAAUCUGAUUCAUUAUUUAGUCGCAUAUGGCUCUAAUCCUUCUAUCAGAGAUGGGAAAGGCGAUACACCGCUCCAUUUGGCUAGUAAGCAUGGGCACCUCGAUUCUGUGAGAACCUUAUUGAGUUGCAAUGCGGAUUUAUCAAUUGUUGAUGGCGAUGACUUGACUCCUUUCCAAAUAGCAAUGAGAUAUGGUCAUUGGGACGUUUUACAUUAUUUGAAAUCGGGUAGGAUUACGUACACGCCGGUGUCUCGAUCCAGGAGAAUAAAGCGUCCUCGUGUUAUUUCUUCAUUCGUUUCGGAAUCUGAUAGCGAAUACAAUAGCUUUGAUAAGGAAGAAAAUAUGAAACGCUCAAGACAGUUAGUGAUUCCUUUGUCAACGAAACCCUCGGUAUCUCGAGGUCCUCCUUUACUAAAUCUGAAUGAAGACAUCAAUCAUGCUUCCAUGUUGUACAAUUUAUCUGUAGAUUCUCAGAUAUCGGACAUUAAAUCUGUGUGCAAUCCAUUCAUUCUUACACCACCCGCCCAGUUGUUAGGCUUCGAAACUUCUAGUUGUCGUUCGAAUACACUUCCCAGUUGUGCAAGUUCACCAAACUAUUAUUAUGAUGGUUGUGAAUCGUCCAUGUAUGCUGCGUUGGACACCGGCGAAGGCUGGUCAGAAAGUGCCUGUCUUAUGUUUCCUUCGUAG